GAAUGCAGUCAUAGGUAAAAUUCCUGCAGUGGUGAACUGUAGAUCAAAAAAACUUAAGAAACAUUCAUUUGGAGUACAACAAUAUACACAGUGUAACGUCGAGCAGAAGACAUCUAAGUCAUUUAAAUAUUUUGAAGAUGCAAAAUCCUAAUUGUAUUUUAUUGUUUAGUGGUAAGAGGAAAUCAGGAAAAGAUUACAUUACAGACAGAUUACAAAACGAACUUGGUGAAGAGAAAAGUGUUAUUAUUAAAUUAUCUGGUCCUAUCAAGAGUCAUUGGGCACAAGCAUGUAAUUUGAACUUGAAUGAAUUAUUGAGCGAUGGAGAGUAUAAAGAAGAAUAUCGUAUACAAAUGGUAAAAUGGGGAGAGAAUAUUAGGAAAAAAGAUUAUGGAUAUUUUUGCAGAGCUGCUAUCAAAAUGUAUAAUGCAACAAAUAAAAGUAUCUGGAUCGUCAGUGAUGCAAGAAGAAAAACAGAUAUUCAAUGGUUUAUGGAAAAUUAUGGUUCACUUUGUCGUACGAUAAGAAUCAUAUGUGACGAUAAAAUUAGAGAACAACGUGGUUGGAUUUUUACACCAGGAGUGGACGAUUCAGAAACAGAAUGUAAUUUGGAUGACGUGGAAAAAUGGGAUCUAGAAAUUAUUAAUGAAGGUCAAAGCAUAAAAAGUAUUAUAGAAAAUGUUUUAAAAAUAAUUGGGUGACUUAUCUGAGUUUGUAUGAAUAUUAAUAACUGAUAGUAUUUUUUCGCACAAUCAUGACAAUAACUUUAUUCCAUUUUUAGUCAAAUUAUGCAAUCACUUCAUUAAUUUACACCGGUAUAUAUUUUUUAUAUAAUACAAAUAUUGAGGAAUUUUUAUUUAAAAAAAUCAUUUGGAAUAUCAAUUGUAAAUCUUU